UACCUAGUCUAAUAUUACAAUAUAACAUGGGUCCACCGCUCCGCACAGUUCUAUCAGAAAGAUGGUGAACGCCUUUAUCAUACAUACUCUGCUACCGGGGCCGUGUCGUGUGUUGUAUCAACAAGUGUAUGAUGUUGAACAACGAGACACAACAGGAACGAAAUCAUCGGACAGUGAUUUGAGGUUUCUCCGUAAACAGAAAGUACAAGAAGUAGCUUCCGAGGUACAUUCGGAAUACCAGUUCCGGCGAGCCGUCAGUAGCCGGACGGUUGAGCAAGACAUGCAGCGACUUAGUAAUGAAGACACCUUACCGGAAAUGGAGCAGGGAUUUCUACGUCUACCGGAAAUGGACAAUAUGAUUGCCGUGUGGCAAGGCACCGGGAAUACAUGUUGUACUCUCGUUUGUUACGAGACCGAGAACCGGAUGUUGGCAGAAAACGUUCUGAAAAUUUUGAUAAGAUUUUUACAGGAACAUUUACGACUUUUACAUCAACCGAUUGAAGUGGCAAAUAAACCAGACAAGGUAGCUAUUGUGCUUAACCGGUUUUUACCGGGUGGUCAACUUCUUUUCAUGAACCACCGAAUGGUGAGACAAUUAGAAAAAGAAAUGGACACUCUUAUGAAAUUGUGAUAUGUUCAAAUUCGAUAGGUUAUGCACUGUGGGUGAUUAUUUUAAGUUAUUUAAAUUCGAUAUGUAUUACCUGUCCAAUCUGGCAAUUGAUUAUUCUGAUAUUCUAAUAUUUAUCCGAUAUUGUAUUUUUUUAUUUAAACAUAUUUUAUUACCUGAAAAUAACAACGGGAUUGGGUACAAGUUAUACAACUUAUACAAAUCCCUUUAUGUUUUAGAUUACAAUAAUAUUGUCAACACAGUUUAUAGAUGGCAGCCAUACGAAAUGAUAGAACUUUGGCGAGUUUAUAUAUAUCCGAUAUACAUCUGUGAUCAUUUUUUAUAAAAACUACAAAAUCAAACUUGUAUAUUCUGACACUGUGUCUAACCAGAGGAAUUAGUUGGAUCCCACAGGGUGUCGAAUUAGACAGGUUUCAACAUUUAUUGCGUAUUUGAUAUUGACAACAUUAAACUGAUUUUUAUGUAUAAAAUACUGUUACUGUUGAAAAGAUACAAAGUCAAUUUCAUGUUUUGUGUCAGACAAUUAAGUUUCCUUUUAAGCGGAUAACUAGAGUUUCAUUUUAGAUGCCGAAAUUAAAUUAGAAGUGCGGGAAAAGUCUUUAAUUUCAUGUGGUAUUAUUACAUGAAAUUUCUACACGAAUCCUAAUAUUGUUGUGAUGAAGUUAGUAUAUAAUUAUGUGUAAAUCGUUAAAAAUUACUUAAGAAAUAUUUUUUAGGUACAUAUUACCCUGGUGGCUGGUUGACACGUAGUUUGUUCACCUGGUGAAGCCCGAAGAGAUUAUGACGUAAAAGAGUCAUAUCACCCCACAAAUUGUUUAUUAAACUGGGCAAUAUUUUUGUGAAAUUAAAAUGAAAUUAAAAUAAUUACAAACAAGCAAAUAACCAAACGGAAAUAGGACAGGUGGUUUCUGGAAUUAUUACAGAUGAAGUUAAGGAUGUUAACUCCAUCGAAAAUAUGUGAGAGUGUUUCACCACGUGGGCACGUACUGGCAGGAAAUACAACGAGAACUUUAAUUUGAGCACGCGAUACUAAGAGAUUUGAGGAUUGGUUUAAUAGACAUGUGAUAUUAUGAACAAAUCGUUAACGACAAAACAAAGAAAGGGUAUAAUAUCACGUGGUAUUGCGCCGCGUAAAACUUAUAUAUAAGUCAUGGCACUUAUUUCAACGCUACGAAACUAAACCAAACCGUUCAAUCUGUAUGUUUACCCUAAAGAUAUUCAUCCGCGAUGGAAUUAAAAUCACUAUGCUUUUUACUGUGUUGUCAAUGAAACGAUAUCGACGGAACAGCCUUCCGAUAGUCUACAUUACCUUGAGGGAUUGAUGCAUCGUUGUAUUUGAAGCGGACUACCAAACAUAGUCUGGACAAAUAUGUAAUGGAGUCAUAACUAUUCUGUCAUAGUAAUAUGGACGUUUGGUUCAUAAAGUGGGGGCCGGAUUUAGUACGGAAUACACCUGCUGUUACCCAGAGCAUGAUUUGUAAGAGGCGACUAAUGAUGGA